CUGUGCUGUUUUAGGCUACUUUCAACACCACAACGAGCUGCUUUCUGUCUCAGUGUGCCGAUAUGUUUUUUUUAAAGAGUGGAUUUGAUCUAAUUCACAAAAUGUACAAAGGACUGCUUUUUUUGAUUGUCAUAUGCAGUGUGACCGGGUUCAAUAUUCAGAAAUCUCCAGUGAAGCAUUUUAUAAAAGAUGAUCCACUCUUUGGGCAAACUGUUAUUCAAUCAAAUGAUGGAGUUUUUGUUCCUUCCCCAUCAAAUGGAAAACUUUUCAGCUGCACUCUAAAGGAUGAAUGCGUCAAUUCAAAUUUGACCGAUGAAAAACUAAAAGGGCUGAGAUCAGUAGCAUCUGUAGCUUCUAGGCUGAUAUCAGAAGAGGAGCACAUUGUGAUGUGUAACCAAGUUCGCAUAAAGAAGAGCUUAACUGAGGUUUUGAAUGGAAAUUGCCAACUGAUGAAUCCCAAUGAGAAAGUCAAACUGAAUCCUGUUGAAUUUGGUAUGUAUGGAUGAUUUGAUAAUGUCAACAACAACAACAACAACAACAACAACAAUCGAGGUAGAAGUUUCGAUCAAGUUAAAAAGAGGACGAGAAGACAAGCCGAGCCGGACAGUGACACAAAAACAGAUGAAGAUGAGGAUGAGGAGGAUGCUGGGACAGACAUUGCUUUUGUGCUGGACGGCUCUGGUAGCAUUAGUGAUGAUGACUUUGAGAGAGCCAAAGACUUCAUCUACAAUGUCAUGUUCAAUGUUUGGAAAGCAUGUUUCAAUUGUGACUUUGCGAUAGUGCAAUAUGGCAAUAUAAUCAGGACAGAGCUCUCACUUCUAGACAAUGAGGAUGGUGCCAGUACCUUGCAAAAGGUCAAGGAAAUAAAGCAAAUUGGACAUAUCACAAUUACUGCCUCGGCCAUCCGUCAUGUCCUUACAAAUAUUUUCAUCCCUGAAAAUGGAUCAAAAAAUAACUCCAAAAAAAUUAUAAUUGUUUUGUCUGACGGGGAAAUUUUGGGAGAUACGAUGAAACUUGAUGAUGUUUUGAACAUGACACAAAUGAAAGAUGUCAAUCGCUAUUCCAUAGGAGUUGGUGAUGGCAUUCUGUCUAAACCUAACGCAAUAAAAGAGAUGACCGACAUAGCAGAUCCUGGUCAAUUCUUCAAUGUUUCCAAUUAUGCUGCAUUAGAUGACAUCCUGUCCAAACUGGAGAACAGUAUAAUUGGGGUUGAAGGCACUCAGCAAGGUGCAGGAUUUCAAUUGCAGCUCGCAGAGGCUGGAUUCAGUUCCCAUAUCGUGCAGGACAAAUCUGUUCUUUUUGGAGCAGUUGGUGCCUAUGACUGGAGUGGUGGGGUCAUUUUGAAAUCCGAAGGCACUGAGAAAUUUAUGAAUGACACUAAUAAUGGACCCAAAUUUUCAUAUUUAGGUUAUAGCGUCACUUCUGCUCAUUUAUCCGAUAAAACUCUCUACAUAUCUGGUGCACCACGGUAUAAUCUGACUGGUGGGGUAUUUAUUUUUAACGGCUCCGAAAACUAUGUGCUCCAGGGAGAUCAGGUUGGAUCUUACUUUGGAUCAGUUCUUUGUGCCUUGGACAUUGAUGGGGAUCAAUACACCGAUCAUCUAUUAGUUGGAGCACCACAUUUCUAUAAAAAUGGGGAAGAAGGCAAAGUGCUAGUGUACAGAUUGAAUGAGCAGGACCGGUUUGAGAGCGUGACAAUGGAGCUGCAGGGUGAUGCGGGACAGGACUUUGCAAGGUUUGGUGCAGCCAUCGGCUCUAUAGGAGAUAUUGAUGGGAACAAAUUCAAUGAUGUAGCAGUGGGCGCUCCUCUGGAAACAGAUUCCUCGGGAAGCAUUUACAUUUACAAUGGAUUCAAAGAUGGCCUUCAGUUUUCACAAAAAAUUUCACCCUCAAAUUUUGGAAUGAAACUUGUGCACUUUGGUCAGUCAGUAAGUGGCGCUCCUGCCACGGCACCAAAUAAGCCUUGCAUCGCUGUUGGAAGUCAAGGGAGAGUGACUGUUUUUGAGAGUAUCCCUGUUGUGGUUAUCAAACCAGCUAUAACGAUUUCACACAAGAAAAUUCCUCUGACUCAACAAAUGAAUGAAUUAUCCAGCAAGUUUAGCAUACUUUUAGGAGUAUGUUUUAAUGUGAUAAAGGGAAAACUUCAAUCUGAAACACUCCCUCUUCAGUACCAAAUUGACUUGGAUUCUGAUGUAAACAAAAAGCGUAUCACUGUUGACAACAGCGAUCAAUUAAAAAACACUUUUAUUUUGACGGCAGAAGCAGAGUGCACCCGUAUCAACCUACAAUAUUUGGGAUGUUUUGAUUGUUUUUCACCUAUUAAAAUCAAGCUGAGUUUUUCAUUGGCCCCCAACCCAACCCCUAUCCGAAUUCUUGACAUAUUUACUCCAACUGAGAUUGUAGAUGAGAUUUCCUUUGAAAAUGACUGCAAAGUUAAAGAUUGUAAACCAAGUAUUACAUUAUCUGAUUCACAAAUUAGUGUAACUAAGAUCAUAAUUGGAGACACUCAAAGCUUGAAUAUCAACUUCAAUCUCAUGAAUACUGAAGACCCUUCCUUUUUGACCACCCUGACUUUGACCUACCCCAGUAUACUCAGUCAGAAGAAAAUAGAAGGUGCCACCUGCCCUGUGAAGAAUGACAAUCAGAUACAGUGUAAUAUUCAACACCCUGUUUUCAAAAGAGACACACAGACCAACCUCUUCGUCUCCUGGCAGCUCAAUGACAUCAAAUCUGAAUUGAGGGAUUUUGAGAUUAUCGCUAAUCUAACCAGUCAGAAUAAUGGCUCUCAGCUUCUGGACUCAAAAAAAUAUGCAUUUAAUGUGAUGUAUUCCCUACCAAUCCAGCUGACUGGUACAGCCUCCCCAAAUAGACUCCGUAUUGAAGAGGGUGCAAAAGAAGACACUCAACAGAUGCAGUUUGAAUUUCAGUUUGCAGGUGAAAAUAAGUAUGGCGCUACAAUCGAUGUAGUUGUACACAUAACAAAGGACACCGACAAAACCGAUCUGCACAUCAAAAGUGUCAAACCAGAGAAGUGUGAUUGGCAAGGAAAUAAAGUGGAGGGACCCCAUGUCAUCAAAUGUACCAUGAAAGAGCUGCAGAAAAUCAUCAUUGUUGCCGAUGUUUUGAUAAAAGAUGUUCAGGAAAAAUCAGACAAGAUCACUGCCGUAGGAAAAUACAGCUUUGAUGAGACCGUCUAUGCUGCGAAGGAUACUUCAAGGACUGUUACGGUUGAGGUGAUGAUCACGAAGCUGAUCGUGACGUCAUCUAAAGGUGCCAUCAUUGGAGGAUCCAUAGGAGGAUUUCUGCUCCUUUUCAUCAUUAUUGUCAUUCUCAUAAAGUGUGGCUUUUUCCGUCGCCGCCAUAAAGUGGACCAAGCACAGAGUCCAAACUGAAGACUGCCAAAGCUCAGGAGGGAAUAUAUAUUCCCAUAUAUCUUGCUUAAGUUUGUGUCAAGAAAUGGUUGUUUUGGGGAUAAAAGUUAUAACCUUGUUUAUUUCAGUAUCAAUGUAGUAUUAAUAAGCUUUUAAAGGGGUCAUAGACUGGAUUAUUUUAUUAUUUUAUAAUGUUUCCUGGGGUGCUCUU